AUGAACACACGGCGUCGACUCCGCCGCACACCGCCAGUUUCGAAAGCCGCCAUAAUCGCAUCCCCAUCCGGCGUCGGAGAUCAAUCAGCCGCCGGCGCUCCCACCGGCGUCAGCCGCUACACCGUCCACCAUGCUGCCCGCCUCCAAAAGCCCAAUCGCAUCCACAUCUUGCCGCCGCCACAACCCAAUUGGUCCCGUCGUCGCCGUAGCCACAGUCUGUUUCCCGUCGUAGCAACGCCGCAGGCCGUUCAUGCCCCCAUCAACGACGAACCGAACGGAUGCCGUCGGAGAAUCGAAGGUGAUGGUCGUUGA